AUGCUCGUCAAGGCGUCAACCUCCGCCGUGGUGGCUGCUACACGGAAUGGCGUGUUGCUCCCCCCCACGUCGGCUGCUGCACUUGCCGCCACUCGAACCUUCACCUCUACCCCUCAUACGCCCGCCAAGCAGCCUCCGAAACCUGCUCCACUGCUACACACCUCCCAACUGUCCCCCUCCGCACCGGCACCCGCAUCCAAACCCUACAGUCCCGUCACCGUCACCCUCGUGAAAACCCUCGCCAAACUCAUGGGCUACAACUCGCUAACAUCAACCUCGAUCCGCGUCACCUCCGAUCUGUACGACCGGUGUGCCGCGCGCGCCCACGCCGAACGCCAUUUCUGGUACACCGACUGCGCGCUUCCGGAAACCUACCAGUCCUGGUUCCAGAUCACCAACCUUCACGUCUACCUCCUUCUCGCACGAUUUCGAGCGUUCGAGAAGCCGGCGUACAAGACGUAUGCUCAGGAACUCAUCAAUCACUUUUUCAUCGAUGCUGAGUCUCGCAUGCGGGAUCGGUUUGGUGUGCAGACGUCCAGGUUGGUCAAAGGGUACAUGCGCGAUAUGCACAUGCAGCAGCGCGGGAGUGUUGUCGGGUACGACGAGGGGUUGGUGGGUGGAGAUGAGCGGUUGGCCCAAGCCGUGUGGCGGAAUUUGUGGGGUGCGGGGUGGGGCACCGUUGCGGGCGUGAAGCGCAAACUUGUUGGUGUGGACAAAAUCAUGAAGGGUGAAGUGGAAGAUCCGGAGGGCCAACCGGAGCUGGCUCGGGAUGCAGCGACGUUAGACCCGAGGGUGGGGAACAAGAACGCGAGCCCGUACGCCAGGGCUGCAUCAGCCAGUUUGGCGGCGGAAAGGGCCAAUGCGGAGGGAUCGACCUUGCCUCCAGUGGCGGAGAACCCGAAUGCCAUGCCGAGCGCGGGGAACGUGCUACCAGCAGUGGAUCCAUUUGCUGCCGCUCAUCCGGAGUUGGGGUUCCCCCAUCACCUGCAUCGCAUCGUGACGUUCAUCCGAGCCGAAUCGCAUAGAUUGGCGAAUCUGUCGGAUAGGGAGAUCAUGCUGGGUAGAGUGGAGCCGGCGUCGGGUGCGACGGUCGAGGAGGGCAAGAUGGAGAGUGUUGCCGAGUUCCGUCGCAUCUAG